UAUGUACAGUACAGUGGUAGUCUGGAGGAGUCUCUCACUGCCACAGUCGGUGCUAUGCCGAGCAGUGAGUCAUCAGCUCUAAUUGAAGGCUGUGGAGAGGAGCCAGGCCGCCAUCACUUGGAACAGUCAUCCAGAAGGAUCGGUCAUCAACUAGGAGACAAAAGACCCACAGCAUAGCAAACAGACUUCUUACACGGACAAGGGGGAGAAGCAUGAAAGAGGACGCUUUCUAAACUUCCAUCAUCUCACCUUUUGGGUUGGAAAUGCCAAACAGGCUGCGACAUUCUACUGUGACAAGAUGGGAUUUGAACACUUCGCCUACAAAGGCCUUGAGACCGGCAGCCGAGAUGUGGUAAUGCAUGUCAUCAAGCAGGACAAGAUAUUUUUUGUUUUUCAAUCUCCACUGAAUCCGGGAAUUCAAGAGAUGGGUCAACAUUUAAUCAAGCAUGGAGAUGGUGUAAAGGACGUAGCGUUCCAGGUUGAAAACUGCGAAUUUUUAUUCCAGAAAGCUAAAGAACAUGGGGCGGUAGUUAUAAGAGAGCCUUGGAUCGAGGAAGAUAAAGGUGGCAGAGUGAAAUACGCCGUUCUACAAACUUAUGGAGAUACUACACAUACCCUUGUGGAAUACCUGGGGCCAUAUCAAGGUCUCUUCCUCCCAGGUUUCAAAGAACCGCUGUACAGAGAUCCGCUGCUGCCUUCAUUGCCUUCAGGUUGCCUUAGCUUCAUUGAUCAUAUUGUUGGAAACCAACCAGAUGAUGAGAUGGAACCUGUGGUGGAUUGGUAUCAAAAAUCCCUGCUCUUCCACAGAUUCUGGUCCGUAGAUGACAAACAGAUGCAUACAGAGUAUAGUGCUCUGCGCUCAAUUGUGGUCACAAAUUAUGAGGAGACUAUAAAAAUGCCAAUAAAUGAACCAGCUCCUGGGAAGAAAAAAUCACAGAUCCAGGAGUUUGUGGACUACUAUGGCGGUGCUGGCGUACAGCACAUUGCUCUGAACACAUCCGACAUCAUCAAAGCAGUGAAACAUCUGAAAUCUCGUGGGUUAGAGUUUCUUUCUGCCCCAGACACCUAUUAUGAUGAACUGAGAAAAAAUUUAAAAAGUGCCAAGAUCACCGUGAAGGAAGACAUUAGUGUGUUACAGGAACUAAAAAUCUUGGUUGAUUUUGAUGAUAAUGGCUACCUUCUUCAGAUCUUCACCAAGCCAGUGCAGGACAGACCAACUCUCUUCCUAGAGGUCAUACAAAGAUACAACCAUCAUGGAUUUGGAGCUGGAAAUUUCAAGUCUUUGUUUGAAGCUAUAGAAAAGGAUCAAGAUGCCAGGGGUAAUCUUACCAUCUACACAGACAAUGGAGAACAACAUGUGUUUUAUUGAAGCUCUAACCAAGGACGGAUGAGUCGAUAAAUUCACUGGAAAAAUAUUAUCAAAAGGAAAGAAAUAAUCAGAUGGAACAAAAAAAAAAAAACAAUACAGCUCAAAUAUUUCCACGCAAGAUCCUUUGUAUUUUGUUGUAUACGAGUAAUCUUUCUGGUAUCUAUAAAUACUUUCAACUUUUUAGAGAUUUAACAGUGCAAUAUGGAUAUUGUAUUUUCCUUUUCUGUAUGACAUAAUUUCAUUAUAAAAUAUAGUAAUAUAAUAUAUGAGGCCUCCAUACAAAUAUUAGUUUGACAGCACAUCUCUAAUUCUGAAUGAAGCUCAGCUGUAAGGCCAAGGAACCUUUUGCCAGAAAGACAAGAAAUGUACAGACGAGAAACAAACCACCUGAUAAUAUUAUCUACCUCAAGAAAUGAGAAAAGCAACAUUGUGCCAUUUGAUAAAAGAUAAAGACACUUUUGCUGCUUUCUGAACAUAAAUAAAACUAUGCAUAUACCUGUU